AAAGAAGAAGGAGGGUGGGGCGGAACGCCUACUAUGUGAAGUUUCGUAAUUCAAAUCUCCCAUGCCCUCCUAAACGAUUUACAUUUUUUUUUUUACUUUGGCGAAAGGUAACGUCUACAAAACGCAGUCCACUCUGUUUGUUACAUAUUCUAGUUUUGGAAACUGAAAACGGUAUGGAGAUCAAAUGUUUCAUCGUUGAGAUAAUCUGAAGAAUGCCGGUCAAAAUCCACCUCGCUCUAUCGUCUCCCACUGCCGAAUGCUGGUCUUCCUCUCAUCCCCAUAUUUGGUAGUGAGCGGAAACGCCAACCGGAUGCUUCACAUUUAUACAUCCGGUGAAAUAUAUGUCUCGUUCUAUCUGCGAUCACUGUGUAUCUGAUGCUAAGGACACGUCGUUUUAGCAGUCGUGAUAGUUAGUUAUGACUAUUUAAUUAUCGUGUUCUAAAGGACGAGGUUUGUGUAUACGUAGUAUUUGGUUGUAAAUUAAUAAUUGACAUGGUUGGAAGUAUCGAAUACCGACGUGGAUAACAGUUGAACUGCGCUUGCUUUGUUUUGGACACACUGGUGUUAUUGUGUGGAGUGUUCCAGCCCCUGUGCAUUGAGCGCCUCCUAGUGAUGCCUCAGCUGAGAGGGAAAAAUGUUGCAACCUACCUAGACCUGAGAUCGAGAGGCAUUUUUGAUGCUGGCACUUUGUCAAAACUCAACUUGAAGAUUCUUAGGGGUAUUGUCCUCCAGGACAGCAAAGACUUCACCAAAGUCUGGACCAAGUCCUCAAAAUCCACUAUAUUUUAUGAGAGUGGGAGGAUAUAUUUUGAAAAUUAUCAGUGUUGCUUCAGUAGCCUUCCAUCUGAGCCACAACUUCUGUAUGAAUUACCCAAGCGGUCCAAAGCGGAGAAGAUUGAAGAUGCAUUGCUAUGCCAGUGCCCUCUUGACAAAGGGUUGCCAACACCGUCAGAUCAAAAACCUAGCCUCUUGGCCCUGACUAGCAAUAAUUGGCUGUAUCGCUUCUCAGCUGUGACAGGACAACAAUUGGAGAAAGUUUACUUGUCCCCACAUCACAAGUUCAGAUACCUUGGCUGGGAUGUAUCGCAGGAGACAUUUUAUGUCAAGUCCAUUCAGAAUAAAGUGACAUCUUCAGCAAGACAGGCAGGUUUCAACCAAAACACCUUGCUGUACCUCGCCGUGUUCCGCGUUUUCCCCCUGCAACUUGUGGGCGUUCUGGAGAUCAACAAAAGUAUAUUUGGAAGCACCGUCAUUGAUGUAGUUCUGUCCCAAGGGGUCCUUGCAGUUUCUCACAGUACCAAGACUGUGAAGCUCUACAGCUUUGAAGACAUUCUGAAUAAGUACAUAAGAACGGAAUUGGUUCUUGGGGAGCAGUGUCAUUCAGAAGGCGGUAAAACUGUGGGAGAAGCUCCAUUUGGCAUUCCAGUGAAUAUCCACAUCAAAGAAUGCCCCCCAGUGCUGUUUGAGGUGUCAUGCUUCGAUAAUGGAGUACAGAUCGGAGGCCAUCCAUGGCACUAUAUCUUCACCCUACCCCAUAAGAAGCACCAGGGGUCAUACCGCAUCUGCUCUCUCAAGGAUAACACCCUGGCAAAGCAUGGAAUACAAGACAUGAAGUGCUGUUCUCUGGAGUCUGACUGGAUCUACUUCCACCCUGAUGACUCAGGAAGAAUCAUCCAUGUUGGACCUAGCACCAUAAAUGUGCUGAAGAUUCUGAGUGAACUGGAGAGUGAUUCACAGUUCGAUAUAGUGAAGGAGUUUUCCAUCACAGCUCAUCGAGACAAUGCUGCCUCCCAGAUCAAUGUCACUUCCUCAGGCCGCACAGUGAAGAGAAGAUUUUAUCAGCUGGAUGAUGACCCAGACCGAGAGACAUUCCGGAUGGUGGAGUAUGAGGAUGAGCUUGACCUUCUGGCUGUUGUGGAGGUGACCCACAGAGAGGAUGAGGGGAAGGCCCACGUCAGACUCCAUGACAACAACACUGGAGCGUUACUGAAGAGGGUUCCACUUGUGGAGUCAUGGGAUGUGACUUACAGCCACGAGCUGUUCUUUGACAGAGAUACAAUUGUUCAUAUUGAACAGACGAAGAAUAAUAACUUCUGCUGCCAUGUCUACAAAAUCAGUCGUGGACAAGCAGAUGAGUGAAGUUGAGACAAUCCUUCCAAUUGCUAAUGAUGUUAGUCAAAAAGAUUCCUCAAGUAAAUAGCCCUGUUGAAUGUGUUUUCCUAGUUAUUUUUUUAUACUUUCUUUCCCAAUAAGGACUACAUGUUGUCAUUCUGUUAUUUUGAAGAUGUUGUUGGUAAUAAAGUGUCUGAAAUAGUUUUUCCAAUACAACUGUUGGCUAACUGGGAUACCUCUGCAUCUUAUAUUUUAGGACAUAUGAAUUAAGCCACAACAUUUCUAAAUUAACUGAUAAAACUGGUUGUACAUGUUUGAUCAUCUAAGAAGAGCUGUGAAUUUAGGUUCUCUGAUCUUUUUUAACCGCAUGUAAGCACAUUCUCGCCACCCAAAAAUAAAAAAAAUUAUUGUCAA